GCUAUCACUGCCACGGCGACCUCCCGUCAUCCAUCACGCCUGGGCGGUUGUUGGCAGUGGCGGACAGACUUUUGCUAGCACCAACGCCGCUGGGGCCGACUGGAGCAAACUGGAGCAGCCCACCACACCCACCAGCAGUGCCGUCCACCACCGACCGACCAAGAGGACAGACGGGAGCCCACCCGGGCCUCACAAAAUCGCCGCCAUGGACCGACCGCGAUCGACCGUUUCUUCCUCUUCCUCCUCCUCCACCGCCGCUGUCGCCAUAGACGGGUCACUCAAUCGCUUGUCAGCGUCAUCAUCCGCCGUCGCCCCCUCCGCCCAGGACCUCGCGGGUGGUAACCACUCGAGCUCCCUCCCCAGCGCCGCUUCGCCUGCUGCCUCUCAGCAAAGGCAGCCACGACCCCAGCAACACGCUUCAGCGCAUACCCGCAGCAUCUCGUCCUCGUCCCUGGCUUCCAGCUCCAUCGCCAGCAGAAAGAGCCGCUAUGCUGAGCCUGGCACCGCCGAGGUACACGUCGAGAGAUCCAACGUCUCUGCCUCUUCGAGCUCCCCGCCCAUAUCUGUAAGGGGCUCCCGCUCCAUUCUGCAGCAAAGUCGCAGGCAGUCUGGAGUCUCUGACACCUGGGGCGAGGAUCUCGUCUUUGGCGACCCGCAAUUCUCCGUCCUCGACGACACCGAGACGCCUCGUAUACGGGCCGCUUCAACCUUCGACACCUCCUACCACGCCUUCCUCCCCGAGCCCGCCUUGACCGCCCGAUCUUCCCUGUCAGACAUCCAGGCUAGGCGACUGUCAGGAAACUCCAUAUACUCCCUUGCCUCUGCCCGUGGCAUCUUCAAUUCGUCGCCUUCAGCACAAGGGUCUGAACCUGGUGCUCCUGCUCGUUCGGUCCCAAGCCUCAUGACCUCGGCGAAGGGUAUAAGCUCAUCGCCCUCCGAAGCCGGCGUUUCUAGUAUCACCGUGACCACCUCGACAGGAACCCAGCCCGGCCAUAACUCAGGAUCCGGACAGCACAAUUUGACGCCGAGAGAUCCGCAUGCGCAACCCCUAGAUCUCAUGCGACGUAGCCAAAGGAUGGAGUCCAACAUACGUUCUCAGCCUGACCGGUCCCGGAGCAGGGCCAAAAGGAGGUUCAGUGGCAGCACUGCGAACAGUAGCCACAGUCCAAGCAGCGACCGCGGGCCGCACCACCGGGAGAAGGAAGAAGUCAAGCCUGCUCCUUGGGGUGUCAUUGGAAUAUGUGCCUUGGACGUCAAAGCAAGAAGCAAGCCCAGCCGGAAUAUUCUCAACCGCCUCAUUUCCAAUCGCGAAUUUGAUGUGGUCGUAUUUGGGGACAAGACCAUUCUCGACGAAGAGGUCGAGAAUUGGCCCAUUUGUGACUACCUCAUAUCCUUCUACUCUGAUGGCUUCCCUCUGGAAAAGGCCAUCGCCUACGUUAAAACGCGAAAGCCCUUUUGCGUCAAUGAUGUGCCCAUGCAAAAGAUCCUUUGGGAUCGGCGCGUUUGUCUCCGACUACUAGAUAAGAUUCAGGUACGCACGCCCAAGAGGCUUGAAGUCAGUCGAGACGGCGGGCCACAAGUCCUCAACGCCGAAAUGGUCAAGCACAUCAAGGAUAUUUCUGGCAUCACUUUGGAACCCAUCGACCCCAACAAGCAGACCCCUCCACGCGAUGUUGAGUUGGUCGAUAACGGCGACGUUUUGAGUGUUGAUGGUGCCUUGCUGAAGAAGCCCUUCGUAGAGAAGCCAACCAGCGGCGAAGACCACAACAUCAUCAUAUACUUCCCUACCAGCACAGGUGGCGGUGCGAGAAAGCUCUUCCGCAAGAUUGGAAACAAGAGCUCCGACUAUGUCGCCGACCUCAACGUACCAAGAGCUAUCACUGAACCCGGCAGCAGCUAUAUUUACGAAAGCUUCAUGCAGGUCGACAACGCCGAGGACGUCAAAGCAUACACAGUUGGACCGCACUAUUGCCACGCCGAGACACGGAAGUCCCCGGUAGUCGACGGCAUUGUGAGGCGAAACACCCACGGCAAGGAGCUACGCUACGUUACGGCUCUCAACACCGAAGAAAAGGAGAUGGCCAGUCGAAUUUCUACGACUUUCGGGCAGCGUGUGUGCGGCUUUGACCUCCUGCGAGCUUCAGGAAAGAGCUAUGUCAUUGAUGUCAAUGGUUGGAGUUUCGUCAAGGACAAUGACGACUACUACGAGCACUGCGCCAACAUCCUCAAGGAUAUCUUUGUCAAAGAGCGCUUGCGUCGUGGCGGCGUGACGCCGCCUCUGCCGUCGCCUGCAGCUUCUGACGUGGACCCCCUCGCCCGUGCAACCCAGGCCAUCAAGGAUCGCGAGCAGCAAGCUACGUUAUCUCCUGCCCCCGCGCCCAAGUCGACGAACGGAAAUCACACCGCGCACUCCAGUGUCGAACUUCAGUCCAGCGACUGCGCCCUUCUACCGCCCAGCGAGGCGCCUUCUUCCAGGGCAGACAGCUCGCUUGGUUCCAUGGCGCAGAGCACCGCGCCGAGUCCAAAAUUACCUCCGCCUCCCCCGGAGGUGAGCAAUCACGAAUCCGCAUCUGCCUCGGCUUCCAUCAAGACUUCUGCAACAGCCGCCACGUCGCAGCAACCGCAAGGAGAGGAGCCAGCCGCGGUUCCACCGCCUCCGAAGCAUUCCUGGAAGCUCAAAGGCAUAGUAUCAGUCAUCAGACAUGCAGAUCGUACUCCAAAGCAAAAGUACAAAUUCACUUUCCACACAGAGCCCUUCAUUGCCCUUCUCAAGGGCCACCAGGAAGAAGUCCUUCUCAUUGGCGAAGCUGCCUUAGCCAGCGUCAUUCAGGCCGUUGACGUUGCCUAUGAGGCUGGGAUCGAGGACAGAGUCAAGCUGAGGGCACUACGUAACGCGCUCAUCAAGAAGGGAAGCUGGGCUGGAACCAAGGUUCAGAUCAAGCCCAUGUUUCGCAAGAAGAAGACUGAGGAGGCAGAGUCACACGUUCACGAAAUGCCCGAUGUGGACGAGACACGGGAGGCGAUUGUUCCACCCAGCAACGGCGAGUGCCCAGGUCAUGACAUCGAUACUCAACCUCCAUCAAGACGGCAUGAUUCGGUCUCGGGCGUUACCAUGUCCAAAUUCACGGCAGCCGAGGAGCGCCUGGUACUCGACAAGCUCCAGCUUAUUGUCAAGUGGGGAGGUGAGCCCACCCACUCAGCACGCUAUCAAGCCCAGGAGUUGGGAGAGAACAUGCGCAACGACCUGAUGCUGUUAAACCGAGACAUCCUUGAUGAGGUCCACGUUUACAGUAGUUCAGAACGGCGCGUGACUGCCAGCGCACAGAUUUGGUCCGCGAGUUUUCUGGACAGAAAGGAUAUGCCUGAGGACUUCAUCACCAUUCGUAAGGAUCUGCUAGACGAUUCGAACGCCGCAAAGGACGAGACGGACAAGGUGAAAAAGAAGCUUAAGGGGCUUCUACGGAAAGGAAAUGAGCGUCCAGCACAGUUUGCGUGGCCCGAGAACAUGCCAGAGCCAUCUGAAGUGCAAACGCGGGUCGUACAACUAAUGAAUUUCCAUCGGCGCGUUAUGCAUUAUAAUUAUGGAAAGCUUUACAGCGGCGCAGCGACGUCUCUCAGCUCCAUCUCAAACCCUAGCACCGAGAAGUUGACAGGCGAGGGUUCUAGCACAUCAAUAUCGUCGGCUUUGUCUCACGCGAACGCAGUCAACAACAUCCAGUCACGGUGGUGCAGCGGCGAGGAUGCAGAGCUAUUCCGCGAGCGGUGGGAGAAGCUAUUUGCCGAAUUCUGCGAUGGCGAGAAAGUGGAUCCUAGCAAAAUUUCUGAGCUGUACGAUACGAUGAAGUUUGAUGCUCUGCACAAUCGUCAGUUCUUGGAAUGGGUUUUCACGCCUCCAAAGGGCAUGCUCGAAGAGGAAUAUGGCGUCAAGGACGGCAAAGGCAGAGACCUUGACGAGGGCAAGGCAUCCGAGGAUUCAAAGGGCGAGAAGAGUCAGAAUGGCUCCCCGGAGGGAUCCGACAAGGCCGAUCCAUCCAGCCGAGGGGCCAGCGUGAGAAAGCUUUUCCGCAGACGGUCGUUCCUCAAUGGACUGAGGCACCUCAACGAAGAAGGCCCCCCCGAGCAAUACUUCCGCCUAUACAAGGGAACGCACCAGACUUCGCAAAAGCCCGAUCCUCGAAACGACCCAUUGCAAGAACUGUAUCGACUCGCCAAAGUCCUGUUUGACUUCAUCUGUCCUCAGGAAUACGGAAUUUCCGAUAGCGAGAAGCUCGAGAUCGGUCUCUUGACCUCGCUGCCCCUUUUGAAAGAGAUUGUUCAGGACCUCGAGGAGAUGCAGGCCUCCAAUGAUGCCAAAUCCUUCUUCUAUUUCACCAAGGAGUCUCAUAUUUAUACUUUACUCAACUGCAUCAUCGAAGGCGGCAUCGAAACCAAAAUCACGCGCAGCACGAUACCUGAGCUAGACUACCUCUCGCAGAUCUGCUUUGAACUUUACGAGUCUGAGAUGAAACCACCCCCCGAAAGCGUUGCUGCCGACACUCCGACCUUUGCCUACAGCAUUCGCAUUACUCUCAGCCCUGGAUGUCACGUCUUCGAUCCCUUGCAUGUUCAGCUCGACAGCCGACAUUGCAUUGGUUGUGCUCCAAGGCGUAGUUUGACCCCUCACAUCGACUGGCUUCAGGUCAUCAAGACUCUUCGAGCCAAGUUCAACCAGGUCAAAUUGCCCAAGACGUUUUUGGCCGUCAAUCUUUCUGAUGCAUUCACAUUUGAGGAGCAGGAGCGGAUGGCAAAUGACAAUGACUUGCUCGAGAUGAAGACGGUACCACCGAAGGACCUGUUAUCAGGAGGGCGGGACAAGGUGACUGAGACGGGCGAAGACGAUACGUCCACUGACACGACUUCGGCUAAACCCGGCCGAGACGUGACGCCAACGCCCGCAGCCGUCUGAACAUGGGAAGUGUGCUGAGCGUGGCGGCCGUUGAUGCCGGGGGCGUCCGGCAAGUUCAGCCCCUGGGUAGCUGAUAGGGCGGCACAACGAACCGUCCCGCAUGACAGCCACUCGUCCGACUAAGCGGUGUUGACCACAACAAUAUGGCCCCGGCAACGUUUGGCUUCCUCGGUUGCGGGACGUGGGGGGCAAUGAAGGAUCUGCGCCUGCUCCGAGCCAGGAUGGGGACAAGGCAGUGAGUGCCUGGCCAGACGAUUACGGGAGUAGCGGCAUAGCAGUGGACGCAGCGUGGCGUUGUUGAUGUCUGCAGCGGUCGGGUGACAGCGAGCGACAACGGAAUUGGUAGCCAAGCAUUCGCCCAGCGAGGCCGGCACGCUUUGCCGGGGACGUCAUGGUUUCGGCUGCGGCAUGUAGUAUAUUGUGUACAGUAUGCUCACCCAAUUGCGCAGUGGUCUGACGAAGAGGUAGACAGGGCCACAUCGGCACGGUUACAUAUCGACCAGAGGGUAGACAGACCGGCGCAAAGAGUGUCCUUGUGUUGAUUCGCCAGAAGCAUGAGUGCGGCAAGACUCAGGCGGCUAGGGAAGUCACGUUUCGUCUGGACCGGACUAUUGUCUUGUGCGUCGAGAGCGCAUUCUCUUGCUUCCCCCUUCGAAGUCCGUAUAAAGCACCUACUGCUCCGACCUCCUAAGGCACGCUGCGCACUGAGUGAAAGCCAGGGGUGCCAGCCCUGUCCAGCCCAUCGGCGCUUCUAGAACGGCAGAGAAAGGAGACAAGAGACAACGGGCCCGAGAACACGGACCCGGGGUCAAACCCACGCCGCUUCAGGCUUAGACAGGACUAGCGCAGUCAUAGGCAGCCCUGUCUGGCUCAUGGCUGGCAAGGCCGGCCCGGCCAGGUGGUGCGCCAAAUGUGACGGCACACACCCCGGUUGGGGGGGGAGAGGGGGAGGCCGGGUGGUUGCUGGUGCUUGGCGCGCGGCCUGGGCGCCGACGAGAUUCCUGGAAUCAGAAAUGUUCAUCGGACGCAGCCCCCGACAUGGGUGGAGGGCGAGGGGGAACCAAGAGGACGAGUGGUUUCGUUGCUCCAGGCACGUCACGGUGGGCGUGGGCGGUGGAGAGUUCCUCUUCCAGACGAGGUUCGUGCGAGACGUAGUAUACGAUAUGAGAAAAGG